GACAAGCUCAUUGAAAAAGUGCUGGUGCUAAUAUCAAUUAUGCUUGUCAUACUAACUUUACCUCUAUCUCUCUUCUGUAUUUUUGUGGUCGUCCGUCAAUUUGAAAGAGCAGUAAUAUUGCGAAAUGGCAAAGUACAUAAAAAUCGCGCCUAUGGUCCAGGCCUUAUCUUCUAUUUACCUUGUGUUGAUACUAUAAAAUUCAUAGAUUUGCGAACAUUUGUUUAUUCUGUUCCACCGCAAGAUGUCUUAACUAAAGACUCGCUCACCGUAUCCGUGGAUGCCGUUGUAUUUUACAAAAUAACAGAUCCUGUUCUAGCUGUUUUAAGUGUAACCGAUUACAAACUGUCAACCCACUACCUAGCUGCAACAACACUUCGUAAUGCACUUGGAACAAGAAAGCUAUCAGAAGUGUUAGCAAACAGACCAGCCGUGAGUCACCAAGUAUUUGAACUCAUGAAAAAUAUAAUCAGAGAUUGGGGAAUCCAGAUCGUCAGAGUUGAAAUUAAAGAUAUUCGUCUGCCCAUUCAAUUGCAAAAAGCGAUGGCGGUAGAAGCUGAAUCGACGAGAUUGGCAAAUGCUAAAAUUAUUGUUGCAAAGGCCGAAAUCGAAUCGACCAAGAACCUUGAACUAGCUACGGGUAUUCUAAUGGACAAUCCAAUAUGCAUGCAGCUCAGAUAUUUGCAGUCACUGAAUACUAUUGCCGGCGAGAAAACACACACAAUUGUUUUUCCUUUCUCCGUGGACACUUUUAAGAAGAUAUUUAAUAAAUGACGUACAUAAUUUAUUGUUAAAUAUAUACAAGAAUAUAUAACAAUGAAAUUAAAUAAAAAUAAAUUCAGUGAUUUUAUA